UGUGUGUGUGUGUGUGUGUGUGUGUGUGUGUGUGUGUGUGUGUGUGUGUGUGUGUGAGUGGUCGGGACACGGAUGCUGUCAGCGCGAAUAGCGAUGAAAGGAGCGAAAAUAGUUCGCUUGUCCACACUGAGCACCUCAGUCGUAGCAGCCGGUGAUACGGGCUAGCCGUUGGUGGACCCCUGGACCCUUUCUUCUCGUUUUAACGGUUUUUCUCGGCAAAAAAAAAAUGGAAAGAGAAUGCUAACUCAGCGGCCGUUAGCUUACAAUUACACGUUUUAAUUUUUCUUCUUCUUUUUUUUUUUUUUUUUUUAAAUUCAGCGAGCUUUAUUCCGCUCGUAUUUUUCUCAGUAAGUCGAGUUGAACCGUCGUUAAAAAUGUUGACAGGAUCUAAAACCACGUUCAAAGUGAGACAAAUGCUCCCAGAUAUCAAGGAGAGGAUGCUGUCUCAGAGUAGGGUGAACGCAAGGAGUCGAGAUGUGUUUGGACUACGCUGCCUACCAGGCGAGUGUGUACUUCAGAGAGCUGUUAUGGUGAGGAAGAAGUUGACUGCCAGGGAAGGAAGAGGAUGGCUCUCUGGGACCCUCUUCUGUACUCACUUCAGAGUGGCUUUCGUGCCCCAGGACAGCCCCAAACCUGACGACAAUGCAGACCCAGUGCUUUUAGGAGAUCAUGAUGUGGCUUUGGCAUCCAUAGAGAAGGUUGUGGUUGUGGGCCCAAACAGGACUAAGCUGGUGACCCCAAACUCCUCGCUGAAGUUCACCCCAGAGGAGCUGGUGCUUUACUGUAGGGAUAUGCGAGUCAUCUGCUUCCUGUUUGACCGCCUCACCCCUGAUGCACAGGUCAUAGAGAUAACCUACACCAUCGCCAAGACCUACCAGCCUCUUAAGCCAGGGUCAGUUUUAUCUUUCCAAAACGCUGCCCUUGGGAGUGUAGAAAUGAAGCAGUUUCUAAGCAACCGUCGCCGAGACACCCACAUGAACUGGUUUGAGUCUACCUCAGACUGGGAGCAAGAGCUGGAGAGGUGUGGAGCCAGCGGCUGGAGAGUCAGCUCAGUGAAUGACCGCUUUGAGAUGUCCACCAGUCUGCCUAGGUUCACUGUGGUUCCACAGAAGGUUUUAGACACUGAGCUGAAGAAAGGCUUCGCCCACUUCAAUGAAGGACGCAUCCCUCGCUGGUGUUGGCGACACCCCCGAGGCAGUGAUCUACUGCGAAUGGCCAGCUUCCAGAACAACAUUUAUCAUGAGAAAGAUGACAUCAGAAACCUGGAGAUGAUCCUGUUUGGUUGCCAGUCCUCUCUGUGUGUAGUGGUGGAGCUGGGCGAGGAGCUGCCUUCACCUGCUGACAUCCAGCUGGCACACAGCCGCCUCCGCACCCUCUGUCUGGGAGAUAUCUCCACAUCUGUGUCAGUGCCUGAUGACAAAUGGUUAUCCACCCUGGAAAGCACCCACUGGCUAGACUACACAAGGUCCUGUUUGAAGAAAGCUUCAGAGGUAGCCUGCUUGCUUCGUAGCGGUCACCUGACUGUGGCACUGCAAGAAGCGGAGGACCGGGACAUGAGCUGUGUGGUGUCCAGUCUAGUGCAGGUGAUGUGUGACCCCCACUGUCGUACCCAGAAUGGUUUCCAGAGCCUGGUGCAGAAGGAGUGGGUGAUGGCAGGCCACCGCUUCUACAGCCGCAUCAACUACCACCGCGACAACGACAAAGAGGAGGCUCCAGUCUUCCUGCUCUUCCUAGACUGUGUCUGGCAGCUGUGGUCCCAGUAUCCCUCUCGCUUCCAGCUGACAGAGGACUUCCUGUUGGCCCUGCACGACAGCAUCCACCUGCCACUCUUCUCCAGCUUCCUGGCCAACUGCCAGCGAGAGAGAUGCAAACGCUCCCAGAACCUUGGGCAGUCUUACACACCUGUCAAUGGCUGGAGAGAUGUGCUUCAUCCGGAUUCUUCCUCAGAUCCGUCUGACCCUCCUCUGCCCCCGGUGUGGGACUGGGCCCUGCAGUACAGCAAACACAGACGGGACCGUUUCACCCAACCUGUCCCCCCGACCCCUCCGCUCCAACCGCUGCUCAAUGGAAACCUCAAUACGAACCCAGACACACACAGGCUGACUGACGCCAUCCCCGGCUCAGUCUUCCUCCUCUCUCGAGGUGCCUUCUCCUGUCCUGCUAACCUGCUUCCCUGGCGUAGCGGCAGUUCAGGCGUUUACAAGAAAAGCCACCGGAGGGCGCCGUCCUCUGAGAAUGUGCCUGGCCUUGAGAGGCUGCUGAAAGCUUGGGCCCAGACUGAGUUUCCCCAGUGCCUCAGUUCCACCUCUGGACUUCAAGGACAACUUGACCCCUAUGAGCCCUUACUGCCCCUCCUUAUGGGGCCCUGCAUGGGCCUGUGGAGGGAGUGCUACCUCCGGGGGGCGCUCCAUGCACAGGCGUUUUCCCACCCCAUCUCAGCCAACCACCCCCACCCUGUGGAGAAACUAGCCAGGGAGGUGCAGCAGCUCAAAGACAAACUAGCACAAGCGUCCACCAGCAAGGAUCCGAACCCGCCCGACAAGACAGCUGGGCCCCGGCGGACCGACACCAAUCUGAACCAAAACACCAGCAACGGCACCUUCCUCUUCCCAGCGUCGAGGCCUCAGGGCACGGGUGUGCUCAGAGCGGCGCCCCCUCCUACCUCCACCAACCACCAGACCUCUAGGGGCCCUCCGCAGGCCUCAGCCCCACCCUCCAGGCCCAGCCACAAGGACAAUAGUGGCAGCAGCAAGCACACCUUCCUGUUUGGGCAUUCUUCAGCAACAGAGGCCCGUCCUGACCAGCGCUACUACCCAGCACCCAAUAACUCCAAGCUGCCUAAGAGCAACGGAUCAAUAGCUUCCUGAUGUCUGGCCUUCGCCUCUACUGCUCUUUUAUACAGUAUGAUACAGACGGUUCCAACUCCUGCACAAUAUGACGCUGAUCAAACCCUCUCUGGUAUCAUGUACUUAGGAGACCCAGGCUUGUGUUUCCUGUCAAACUCUAUUUCAUAGACUACAAGCUGAAAAAAAAACAAUUGGGUGGAGCACAGUGAACUGCAGUAGUAUGAAAUAAUCGGCGUAAGAGCUCUGGACUCUGCUACUUAUUCUCUGUACUGUAUUAAAAAUGUGACAACUGUUUUGUAUGUUUUUAAAAAAAAACAACCCCUGGUAUUCAGAAUUCCUCUAAUGAAAUAUAUGUAAUUGCAAUGAAAAAAAGAAUAAGGGCUGACGAUGUUUAAUAAUGUAUAACACAAAAAAAACAAGUUCAUCACCUUGCAGUAUCUUAAAAUGCAGUAGAAACUGCCAUCACACACUUUGUAAACGUCAUUCCACCCUUCAAGAAAGAGAGAAAGCUUGUCGUUUCCAUUUUAAGCCUCUUAUCCUAAAUGGGUUACAGUGACUGGGCAGGACAGAGAUAGUGGCGUCAUAAGGUGCUUCUCGAGGCCAGUUUGAAAGGACACAAAUGGACCCACAUCAGCUUUUCACUGGAAUUAACCUGUGGCCUGUGCGACCAUCAGGCUACGUCUCUCUAGAAAAAGUUUGUUCUGUUUUUCUACAUUCAGCUCUUUAUAUCUUUGUCAUGCUAACGCGCAGAGAUAUAUUCAUUUCCUGUUUCAGCUCAUCUAAAGUGGAAUAUUGUUCUGAAAAAGAUCAUUUCUGAAAACCGUUUUCUUUUUUUUUUUUAACUCCCGCCGCUGUGACCCGUGACUUUAAUGUGGAAUUUAGGACAUGAGAGCUAUUUUGGUACUGCUCUCAUAUCUCUCCACUUGCAUGCAUGCUUGGGAGCAGCUAGAGGCCUAUAUUCAGUUCAGUGCUAGGUUGGCCUGGAUGUGGCCGCAGUCACUGAAUAUUAUUUCAGUAUGAUUCAGUUCCUGCAUGACUGAAAUCAUUUCAGGGCUUUAGGUAUAUAAUCCUAUCUACACUUUAGUCUUUUGACCAUUACGGGUCAAUUCUUGAUGUCAUACAUGUAGAUAUGUGUGAUUUCUGACCAAAUUUAGUAUUAUUUUGAGAAUUUCUCCAUUUUGGUGAAAUUGAACAAGAAGAACCUUAUUCUGCCUUUUUUGAUUGCCGUACCUUGAGGAGGUACCAGUGUUGGAAGCAAAUGAAAGCUUACUUUCUCUUUUUUCUUUUUUUUUUUCUUUUGUCCUGUCUGGUUGUGUAUUUGUAUGCAGCCAGCAUUUAGGUCAAUGACUUGGAAGUGUCUGACUGUGUUUAAAUAACAGAGGGAAGUAUCCGGUCCUGCGCCUUGUCGUUCGCAUGAUGUGGGUGUCAAGUAAGAUGCACUGGCGUCACUCCCACGGACGAAUGAAUUUGCGCCGUUAUGUAAUUUUAAAAAAACAAAUAGUUUAAGGCAGGAUAACAGUUGUCAGAUGUGACUGAUGACGACCUUCUCUCAUGUCAAAAGGUACCUCACUUGAUAGCACUAUGAAUUAUUAAAUUGUUGUAAGUAUUCAUCACUUGAUAUCAGCAAGGAUUUCAGAGCUUUCCAGGUCUGAUGCCAACACGUUUUGCUUCUCUUCCAUGGAGAAAAGAAAAAACAAGCUCAUUGUCCUGUUGCAUGGAAAAUCUAACUUGAUCUUCUGCUUACACCUGUUGGUCUGUAUCCUCGUAUAAUUUAAAUGUUUUUGGUACGAACUUCACUAAAAUUUGCCAGAUGUACAUAUUUUUUUUUUUGUAUCAGCAUGUUUCGAUCCUGAUCAAUAAAAAGUGUUAUCCUUUCUGCGUU